GGGUGGGGCCUCCACUUGCUUAAAGUCUCCCGCCUUCCUGGCCUGACCAAGCAGUCCUGCCAGCUUUUUCCUCCGUAGCCAUGUCCUGGUCUCCGAUCCUACCAUUUUUGUCCCUUCUGCUUCUGCUGUUCCCACUCGAGGUUCCCAGAGCAGCCACUGCGUCCCUGCCGCAAGUAUCCUCCGAGGGCGCAACCACCUGCAAGGCCCAUGACCUGUGCCUCUUGGGGCCACGCCCGGUGCCCCCUGCACCGCCUGUCAGUGUCAGCCUCUAUUAUGAGUCCCUGUGUGGAGCUUGUCGCUACUUCCUCGUCCGGGAUUUGUUCCCAACCUGGCUGAUGGUGAUGGAAAUCAUCAACAUCACCCUGGUGCCCUACGGGAACGCACAGGAGAGAAAUGUCAGCGGUACGUGGGAGUUCACGUGCCAGCACGGGGAGCUGGAGUGUAGACUGAACAAGGUGGAGGCCUGUCUGCUGGAUAAGCUGGAAAAGGAUGCAGCGUUCCUAACUAUCGUCUGUAUGGAGGAGAUGGAGGAUAUGGAGAAGAAACUGGGACCGUGCCUGCAGGUGUAUGCUCCAGAGGUGCCACCAGAAAGUAUCAUGGAGUGUGCCACAGGAAAACGGGGCACACAGCUCAUGCAUGAGAACGCCCAGCUCACAGAUGCCCUACACCCACCCCACGAGUAUGUGCCCUGGGUGCUGGUCAAUGAGAAACCUGUGAAGGACCCUAGCGAGCUCCUGAGCUUAGUCUGUCAGCUGUACCAGGGAACGGAGAAGCCAGACAUCUGCUCCUCCAUUGCCGACUCCCCCAGGGAGGUCUGCUAUAAGUGAAGGUCAUCGUCCCAGGAAAAGCCGCCCAGCUUCUUCAGAUUGAGAACCUGAGAGAGCCGCUGCCCAGUCAGGAAAACCCUGCCCAUGUCCCACAAAGCUCAGACUCGAAACUUCUCACAGACAGAGAUCUUGCCUUAGUUUCAAAUGGUGCUAAAUUUAAAUUCAUAGAAUAAAUCAUCUGUAUUCCUGCGA